AUGAAAUUUGAAGAGCUACCUCUAUUCAGUUUUGAGAGACUGGCAAAUGCAACAGACAAAUUUGAUGUGGCCAAUAAACUCGAACAGGGUGGUUUUGGUCCAGUGUACAAGUUCAACUCAAAUAAUUUUACUCUAUGGGUUGUAAUGACACAAUGCAGCGGCUAUAUGUCCCCUGAAUAUGCAAUGGAAGGGCGAUUCUCGGAAAAAUCUGAUGUCUUUAGCUUUGGAAUAUUGUUAUUAGAGAUUGUAAGUGGGCGGAAGAACACUAGCUUUUAUCACGAUGAGCACUCUUUAAGCCUUCUAGGAUUUGUAACAUGGAAGUUGUGGAAUGAGGAUGGGAUUGUAAUGCUAAUUGAUCCGACCAUUUCUGAUCCAUGCUUCGAAGUGGAGAUCUUGAGAUACAUACAUGUAGGUCUGUUAUGUGUCCAAGAAUUCACCAGAGAUAGGCUAACUAUUUCUACUGCUCUCUCAAUGUUUAGUAGUGAAAUUGCAAAUCUUCCAACUCCAAAGCAACCUACCUUUACUGAAAAAGAGAUUCUCCCAAAUAAAAGCUCUCCUGCAAACGUCACUGUUACAGUCAUUGAAGGCCGUUAG